AUGCAUCGCAGUGAAAUGUCGCCGACUCAAGCCCUAACUCUGACCUCGGCGUGCGCCUCCUCUUCUGUCGCAGGCUGCGGGGGCGGCGGCGAGGGCGGCGGAGGCGGCGGGGGCUGCCGGGGGCCGAGCGACGGCCAGAGCGUGGGACGUGCCGCUGCGGAGCAAGGAGAGGCGCCUCAGCUGGAGGCUCCAGGAACCGCACCGCCACCCCGCCGGCCCUCGCUGGAGGCUCCAGCCGGCGUGUUCUUCCCCCACCUGCCGCCUGAGCUGCUGGCCGAGCUCCGGGAACCACCAAGUGACCAGGACAUAGAGAAUCGCUUCACUGCAAUCUCUAUUGCGUUCAAAACAGACAAGCUCACGCUUGAGGAACGCGUCGCUCUGCAGAAGCGCUGGAGGGACCAGGCGGAGCUCAACAUGAUCCAAGAGGAAAACAACCUGCGUGCCGCCAUCCAGAAUCUGUCCCACUUAUGUAAGGAUUCCACAUCAAUCGAAAUAGUAACAAAAGUGAAAGAGCAAGUCGACAUUUUGAGGAUGGCCGUGGACUGGGUGGCGAGGUCUUCAGAGAGUCUCGGCGCAAUACAGCAGGAGAGCCGAGUGUCCAAGGCUGUGGAGGUGAUGCUGCAGUAUGUCGAAAACCUCAAGAGGAUCCAGGGGAAGCAAGACGAAGAAGGCAAGAAACGAUCGAAGAACCAAAGUGAUGAGCUAACAGACGCCGAGGAGACUGUGGCACGGACAGUGCGGUUGAGGUCCCUGCAAGCCCUGCCUGGAAUGGUUAAGACUGGAUCGAAGCGAAGAGCUAGCAUAGCGGCGAUUCCUCGAACAGCUGCUAACUACAUAGAACCUUCCAGGGCGUCCAUCAGCAUUUCUCCUUUGUAUAUGGACGGCGGCAGCGCCAGCCCCAGGCUGCUGUCUCGCUCCGGUUCUUUCCCGAGACGCACCUCGCUGACCCCGUCUGCGGCUCCGAGUAGUCCCUCCACCACCAGCUGGGGAUCGUCCGAAAAUCUCGACGCAUUUGAGAAUACAACCAAUACCUUUAUGGACAACAUACAAGAAAUUAGUGAAUCAAGACGAGAAAGCUGCAGCAGUAGACUCGAGCUGGAGAAUGUGGAGCCAGAAGGAAAUAAUAAUUAUGGUCUGAAGCAUCCUUGCUGUGAUGAUGCUGACGGGACCACUACACCUGAUGCAGAACCAAUUAAGAAUGUGUCUGUUCUCAAGCAGAUGUAUUUAAACUAUGACAAAUAUAUGAAUGCUGUUGAAGCCGCCAGAUACGCCGUGAUGGAUUAUCUGGACACCGACAACAUGAUGUUCGUGGCUCGCAGAAUAUUAGCGUCUCUGCUGGUACUGGCUGCAGUGUACUACCUGAUAGCCAUGUUCUUUGAGCCUGCAGAAGCUGUUCGCACGGCACAAAGUCAGCGCACUUCCUCGUCUUCAGCAGAUAAGCUGGACGAUUUAUGCUAGUUAAAGCGGCGAGCACAUCUACCCGAAUACUCACUGAGUUUAAUGACAUGAUGCAUCAAUGCUGGAACCUACCUUUGGUCAUCGUGCUACCAUUAGAAAGAGAACAACAAUGUCUGUGAAACACAAAUAACCAGUCUGCAGAACCUUGGCAUAUUUUGUGUGUGUAAAUAUUAUAUGUAUCAAAAUAACUGUGUUUAAUUCUUUCUUCAAAGUGAUAUUAAAGGAAAUUUUACCUUACAA